UCAAACUCAGGAGAUCCCUCUGACUCUAGAGUACUCGGCUUCUUAUUUCGUAUGUCCUUAAAUUAUAGUCUAAGAACUCUCCGGCUUGCAGACAUAGUAUUCUAAUUUCUUGUUUAAGAUAGGGUCUGAUGUGACCCAGGCUACCAUCUAAUUUGCUAUGUAGCUGAGGCUGGCCUCCAAGCCCUGAUUCUUCUACAUUCCAGAUGCUGAGAUUACAGGCCUAUCACCACCCUCAGCUCUCACCACACCACUACCACCGCUACUUCUUUCUAAUAGUUGUUGUUACUCCCUCUCCUCGCCGGCCCCCAACCCCCCGGCCCCCCAAAGCUGGCCUCUAACUGAAGGUAAAUCUCUGCCCCCUGAAUGCUGGGAUGCCAGCUGUGUGCCCCGACUCCCAGCCAUAACAGGGUAUUGAAUGAGACAUGUUUCCCCAGGGAGCUGGAGUUUGGUUUCUAGAGUGCAUGGGACUCAUUUCCUACUGGGAAUGGAACCCAGUGCCCGAACUGGAAGUGAAUGGUAGUGAGGUGAACUGUGGCCAUGGAUACUUGAGAGACCAUACUCUGGGGCCAGCAGGAAGUUGGAUGGCUUUGUGGUCAGGGGAGUACUGAGUGGAGUGAGCUAAACAGAUCUCUACGACUCUCACAGCAGUGACUGUGGUCCUGAGUCCGUCCUGUGGUGGGUGAGAAAAGUGCCUCAGCGCUUACAUGAAAGGACGUCUUUUUAAAUGUUGCCCCAGGAACUUUCUUCCUUGAAGAUCCAUCAGGAUGAGCUGCAAGUCCCUACCUACACUCCAGGAGCUGGCAGAGGAUAGCUUCCUGAGGGACCCGGUCUUGGCUAUCUCUGAUCUGGAUCGUGUGCCCUCAUGUUUCUUCCCAUCACUGUUCAAAAAGGCCUGCAUAAGGAGAUGCAUUAGCAUCAUGAUGGCAAUGGUGAGGGUCUGGCCCUUCCCCUGCCUCCCACUGGGAGCCAUGAUCAUGAGGAACAGAGCCUACAAGGAAAUCUUAGAGAUUAUCCUGUUUGAGCUUGAUGACCUGCUUUUCCAGAAGGUUUUUCACAGCAGGUGCAGACUGAAAGUGCUGGAUUUACGGUUUAUGCCUUUGAAGAUAUGGGACAAGUGGUCUGUGUUCAUGACUAGUGACUGGAGUGAGAAUCCAGCAGGGGUGGAUCACUCGGGAACGGAGGUGAAGCCGCUGGUGAAGGUGGUGAUAGACCUGGUCCUCAAGAGUGACGCAGUAGACACCAUAGAGUCCUUCGUUGUUAAGUGGGUGGGUCGGAGGAAAGGUCUGAUGAGUCUGUGCUGUGGCCACCUACAGAUCUGGUCUAUGUCUGCUAAGUACCACAGAGAAGUCUUGGAGAUAUUGGAUCUGGACUCUAUCCAGAAACUGAGUUUGUACGACAUGAAUAAUACUACCUGCCUGUUUAGCUUCUCCCCUUACCUGGGCCGCAUGAGGCACCUGCGCAGUCUUCUUCUCUGCCACCUCGGGGGGUCCGGCUUCUUCUUUCUCACCCCAGUGGAGAAACAACGGAUCAUCACCCAGUUCACCUCUCAGUUUGUCAACCUGACGCACCUCCGGAGCCUGCAUCUGCAUAAUGUUUUCUUCCUACAGGGUCACCUGGACGAGCUAUUCUGGUGGCUAAAGUCACCCUUAGAGACGCUGUUGGUGACUAAGUGUUUUCUCUCAAAAUCAGACUGGACCCAUAUGUGUGAGUUCCUGUGUGCCAGUCAGCUAAAACACCUGAUUUUGAAAUGGACCAUACUGACUAAUUUCAGCCCAGAGCCCCUGCGAGUUCUGUUACUCAAAACUGCAUCUACUUUGAUUACCCUGGACUUGGAGGACUGUCAGCUGAUGGACUCCCAACUCAAAGCCAUCCUGCCUGUCCUGAGAAACUGUACCCAGCUCACCCGGCUUAACUUCUAUGGAAACGAUCUGUUUUCGUGUGAUCUUGAGGGAGUUGACAUCACGAGAUCAGGCUGAGGUACCAAGGAUCACAGAUAUUCCUUAUCCUGAGCUGUGAUGAUCACAGUGACCAAGAACCUUGAGAUGCCUAUUCAGCCUUGUGUUUAGAGAUGUGGGGAGAACUGUUGGGCAGCCUGAGCAUGCCUUUGUUUUAUGCCUCCUGCUUUGAAGGGUGUGAGUCGUGAUGUGCGUAUGUGUUGGGGCUUGUUGGAUGCGUAUUUAAUGAGAUGCAAAUAUCAGGCUCUUCUGUGGACACUGGGAGGCAAAAGGCAACACACAGGUGUUCGGUGAGAGGACACACAACACAUGGUUUUACACAGGGACCAUCAGUCCCAGCAGGAUGAUUAACCUGGUUUCCCCUUCAGAUCUAAUAAGGUCCUGUGACUUUCGGUUGUCCUGACUCUACCUUCUUCGACCUGAGUCUAGGCUUGUACAGUCAGACUUGCUUCUCUGUCUUUUAACUGAUCCUGGGGCUUGUUCUGUCCCUCAGUCAACAACAGUAGCGUUGUUUCAAUUCUCAGGUCCCAGCAAGAGAACCAACUAAACCCGCCUGGAUUAAGUAAAGGUGUGUGUUCAUGUGCAGGACUGCCUUCUUUUAAUUCAGUGGUGGGAAUUGAACUUGGCCUCACAUGCUGUGAGGAAGAGCUCUACCACUGAGCUGUGUUCCUGUGCCCUGAUUCCUAGUGUGCUGGGUGCUUCGUCAGUUCCUUACAGUCUCUGCCUCCUGACUGUCGGGGAGUACAAGUGUAAAUGUCACAUCUGGUUUGAUGCUUUUUAGGGGAUGGAGCCCAUAGCCGUUUAUUUACCUAGUGUGUGUGUGUGUGUGUGUGUGUGUGUGUGUGUGUGUGUGUGUGUUGGGGGUGGGUGGGUCAGGACCACUUGUAGCAGUUGGUUCUCUUGCUGGGACCUGAGAAUUGAACUGGGUUGGCAGUCUACCUACUGAGCCAACUCUCUGGCCCAAACCCAUAGCUUCUUGCUUGCCAGGCAAGUAUUCUACAUUCUACCCACUGAGCUUCUGCAUCAACAGCCUGCCUCUUUAAUUGUUUGCUUUUGGUUUUUGAGACUGUCUCUUUUGGCAGUCCUGUAACUUGGUAUUUACCCAGGCUGGACUCAAUUCACAGACAACCACCCUGGUCUGCCCCUGCCUCUCAGUGCUGGGAUUAAAGCCUGCUCCAGCAAGCCUGACAUCUCCAGUCUGUUCACUCUUUCUAAGUGACACUGCAGCCUACAUAGCAUUCUCUGAAGUGAUUGUGUGAUUAAAUUUGCAGAAAAUUGUCGGAUUGUUAGUGGCUCUGACUAGCCCAUGAAAUCAUAGUACGUAGUGGAUUAUA